AUGCAUCGGAUCCACAGCCGAAGGCGACUCGAAGUCUGGACCUCUCUGCACCUCCGUGCUCAACGUGAUUGUUGUGCGCGAAGCCUCAUCCAAGCACCACCACCACCACCAAUCGCUCCGUCCCAUCGGCAAUUCUCAUUGCAAGCUUGCUCUCGGGCUGCGCCUGCCAGCUCAGAUUUGAACUGGCAUCACCUAGGGAGUCUUGAAAUUCACCGCUAUUCCCCUCCUCUGCGAUAAGCAAGCUGUCAAAAGCUGGACACCAUGACGGGCGAAGGAUGGCUGUUCCUCUUCGCGGUCCUGCUCGCUGCAGGAUUGCUGUUCACAAUGGUCUUUUACAUCAUCAUGUUCUCCGAUCUCGAAUGCGAUUACAUCAACCCCAUUGACCUGUGCAACAAGCUCAACCAGUUCACUGUGCCCGAAAUGAUUGCUCACGGCUCCUUGACAGUCUUGUUCUUGCUUUGUGGCCAAUGGAUAGCGUUUUUGCUGAAUGCGCCUUUAGUAGCAUACAAUGUCAACAAAGUGAUGAACAAGAAUCACUUGCUGGACGCGACGGAAAUUUUCCGGACGCUGAGCCAACACAAGAAAGAAUGUUUCAUCAAGCUGGCAGCGUACCUCUUGUUCUUCUUCUACUACCUAUUCCGAAUGAUCGUCGCCCUGAUUGGGGAGACUUCAGAAACUUGAGGGUGGGCCAUUGCAGACAAUUGGAAAGGAUGUGGGCAAAGGAGAUGGGAAGGGGGAGGGAUCAGUGGGCCCACGGCUGGACGUUUCUUCGACGGAGCUGUAAACAAACAAGCUUUGAAAAUGCUGCAUUCAUACCACCAAAAAACAGUUUGCUGGCACACCUCAACACAGCGAAUGUAGAUGUAGUCGCACUUGCGACUCAAGCCCAGGUAGUCAUAUGCCGUGAAUGAUUGAAUCUCUGAG